AUGAAUCAAGUCAAGAGAUGUUUCGAACUGUCCGAGCCGGUGUUCUCCUUCCCGUGGCUUCCCGUGGAGGAGGGCCGUGCGCUGGGGGCGGCUCAAGCGGCCGAACAAGAGUCUAGUGAAUAUCAUAGCCGGGAUCCGGCAGAUAUCAAGUCUAGUCCGUCAUCGACCCAGGACCCUUCUCAGUAUAGUUUCUUCUGGGAGUCCGCAGGUGAAGCGAUGUCAGUAUCUCACCUAGCUUUGUCCUCUUCUCCCGACGUUACCACCAGAGACAUGGACUGCUCUACUCCCCCACCGAAUCUUAGCCGGGAUCUAGGACAGACUAGGGUAACCGCAAGGGUCGACACUACGGUUCUCUCCUCAGACGAUAAUCUGCUACGUCUUACUGCGUCUAUGGAGAAUCUCUCCAUCACUCAUACAGUAUCCCAAGUUCCCUCGACCUGCGCCGCCACUCCGGGUGAAGUCGACGUUGCGUCUUCUUGUUCUAGCGGUUGCUUCUCGUCGCCUCCACCGGGUCCGUCUCAGCCGUCGGCGGCCACGUCUCCUAGUCACGACGAUACCAGUUGGGCCAGUCCUUCGGAAGCAUCAUUAGCAUUCGGGUAUGGUAGGGAGCGGGGUCGCGGUGCCGUGAGACGCUUGGCGCAGCGUGAACAGUCCCCGGUUCGCGACGAGGAGGUCAUACCCCGACCGAUACUCAUAUCGAGCGAGACACCGGUUGGCUUCCACCAUUAUUUGAAGCAUCUGCAUCUAUGGGCGAAGUUCGUUAACCCGCGUCCCGUCCGUAUUCUCCGAAGCCCCCGUCUACGGGUGGAUCUCCGGAUGCCAGCGGAAACUUAUCCGCACCUUCCUCCUUCAGGCUACCUUAAGCUGAGUUUCAAUCGGACGCUGUUCCCCUUAAUCCCGAUACCGGAGGUCGGAGUACCCCCCGCGAUUCCCUUGAUAGAACUGCAGCACUUGGAGGACACGAUCGCGUUUUGCCAGCGUUCCUCCCAAAUUAUCCAGGAAGUGUUAGCGGGUUCACAUUCAGACAUUGACGUCGAGUCGGUAGAAAAGACUCCUUCGGGUCGUCACGACACUGUAACUCUACCACCUAUUGCAGAUCUUAAGGAUUAUGUGUGGGUCUAUGACGUGAAACCCAGUCGUCAGGCGCUCAGCAACCCUAGCGCUGUCUUAGCACAGUCCCGCAUCCCUCGUACGACGGCACUCGAGAAUAACUCGGCUUACUUCUUCAGAGCAGCUUGUUUCGUGUUUGCGUCGCCCGAUACCCUACAAGAGCCUGUCUACGGACUUGUUCUAGGCGCGCCGGAUGCCGUUUUCCUCACACCUACUAUUUGCGAUUUCCGUCUCGAUGAGGCACGCGAGGAUCAGUUCCUCUCGUCCAGGACGCGAUACAAUGUCUCUUCGGCGAUGCGAUUUUCGGAACCCCCGCCGUCCGAGCACGCCCGUAGGCAAUUGUGUCAUCUCGUUCGCCGGUUUCUCCCGAUGCACCCAGAGGAAGCUAUUGUACCUUUGCGCGUAUCACGCCCGACCCAGGAAGACGAGCAAUGGCUGGCCGACAGAGCGGGGUCGUUUGAAAACUAUCGUCGUUUCCCCGACUUAGCCAAGCGGCAAAUGGCCCAGAUCUUCAAAGUGGCCCGUUCGGCCUUAUCGGCAAUAAGCACUAUGCACGACGAUCGGCAGACACAUUGGGUGACCGCAACGAUACCCAGUUUUCAGAUCUUCCCGUUGCGCGUCCAUUUCGUCCUCACGGACAUGGCAACCGAAGUUAGAUGGGCUGGUAGCCGGCCAGUAGCCAUGUGGGUAGUUGGCGCUAAUACUCUCACGCGCGCCACAGUCAGACGAGCAAACCUGGACUCGCAGUCCAAGAAUUUGAGGGUAGUAGUCGAUAUCAGCGGUUGGCACAAUCGGUCGGUAGAACGUCUCGCCCAUGAACACGGUCGCCCCUUUGACGAGGGCGUCUUUCUCGAUGUCGCGGCCCGCCUGACGAAGGCAUCAGCUGCCGCCAACCCCGUAGACGAGCACAUUUCUAGGAUGUGCUUAAUAGAUAACUUCGCGCGGGGAUCAGUAGCCCUCGCUAUCAUGGAUCGAGUAUAUGGUUCUGCCCCCCUAGGUUGCCUUAAUCGCGGAGAAGAAAAGCCGACGGCCCUGAUAACCCAGGAUAUGAUCGUCACGAUUCACGGUCGCGUCACUCUCUCUACAGAGCAACGCGAAACCACAGCAUUGGGGGCCGAUAGCAUCCCCAUUACUGUUAUUCAGGCGGCUUUCGGUACGGGCAAGACAGUCGUUGGUGCAAUUAUCGCUGCUCGAUGGGCAACAGGAGACGCCCCCGUCUUGGCAACAGCGAGCACCAACGCGGCUGUGGCCCAGUUCGCUCAGACGAUGCUGUCGCUUUCGGCUUAUAGGGACCUGAACGUGUUACGGUUUGUGGCGGACUCAGCAGCUCAGGAGAAUCUCACGCCUACACCAGUCGACCUGAAUAAGAUUCUCAUGUCGCUAGGAGAGACCUACGCCGAGGUCCUUUCCGACGCGGAGAGGAGUGUGUGUGAUAGUUUCGCGGCUUGGCGUAGGGUCUUAGAGGAAUACAUCAAUGACCCCGAACUUGCUCUCCACAUGACCGAAGAAGAUAAAGAGGAGUACGCUGUGGCCGAGCGGCAUGUUUCUCGGACGCUGGAGCAGAUGAUCCGGCUUAUGCUCAAAUUCCGUCCUCCCCACGUGCUAUGCAUAACAACUGCGUCUCUUCUGAACACUAUGGGCGACGAAGCGUCCCAGAUCCCAGAACCAGUGCUGGAGGCGUUCGCGAAUCUUUUGCCUAGGGCACAACAGGUCUAUAUCGGCGAUAUUCACCAGCUCGAACCGCACGCGAAGUGUCAUCGUGAAUCGAAGAGCCCAUCCCGCCCUUAA